CUCACCUGAGCGUUUCAGGUGGCAGUCGCCCUGCUGAGUCGCUCAGCGACGGGUUCUCCUCGUGAGCGCCGCGAGAGCGCGAUUCGCCCAGCCUCCUCCGCGCCGUUGCACGGCGAGAGCAGAGAGCAAGACUUCGACCGUGAGAGAGAGAGAGAGGGAGAAAUUUGGACAGGAAAAAUCGCAGUUCCCAUCUGCGACAACAACAACAACAACAACUACCUCCCGAAUUCUCCUCCGUAGAUCGUGUCGGUCUUCCGAAUGAAUGCCACCACGAAGACGUUCAAUCUCGUCUAAUUGCUGAGUCCUGUUGGCAGGACGACUUCAUUUCGCGCGCGAGAGAAAGAGAGAAGUCGAUCGACCGGAUUGCCCGAGUCGGAUUAUUUUAAGCGGGUACCGGUUGACAGAUCGGGCCGACUCGAUUGGGAGAAUGAUUUUCGGUGGGACGACGGUAGAUUAGAAACAGAGAGAAACGUAGUUGCGGAUUCCUGCUGAUUGAAGAAACGGGAGAUUUUUGGUGAAGCAAUCUCGGUUAAUUAAUUAUUCACGCUGACCAGUGCGACCUGUUCGAGAGAAGGAUCUACUUACGAUUUCUCGCCGGGGUAUCUUUUAUUGUCUUUUGAGGCUUCGGACAAUCCUUACUAUCGAGACCCUUGUGAAUGGGACGUUUCGCACGAUGGACCACGCUGAUAUAAUAUGAUCAGCGCGUAACACGCGUGGCGCGACCGCGUAUCGUAACGUAACCUCACGUAAUGGGAAGUAACGAGAGGUCGUCCCGCAACGCUUUCUGAUCGUGAUUUCAGAGGAUCCACGCGCGAAGAAAGUGAACGAUUUCGAGAUUCAGCCGGCGAUAAUCGAGCAGUUCUCGUUGGCGAGGAAAAGCAAUCGUUACCGCUUAUUAAAUGAGAAACAAGGCGAUCUCAACGGCCGAUCUAUAGACAAGCGUGCGCGCCGCUCGCGCGGGACGUAUAAAUUUGUCGUGAAAUCGACUCGUCCGACGGCAUUCUGACGGAAUUAUCGAGGUAUCGCGUAAUAACGAGCGACACGAGGCUGCGGUAAACGCGGCUGCAAAAGGCGCUCGCGCACGGCUAGCCGCGAGCGCGAGGAAAAAGCCAGUCGGGACUUACAGGCCUCGAAGCCACAAUGACGACGAAGAAAGUGUCGUCAAUCAACGAGAAGAAGAUUCUUAUAAAGGAGAGUCUGCGGUGGACAUGACAAGAACGUGCAUACGGUCGCUCGUUAACCAACGAGAAAAGGGAAUCGGCGCCGCGGUGAAUCCGAGGGAAUCUCAAGCUUCUACCUGGCUUCUAUUCGAGUGCGCGUCACUUGGUUCAACGGCAAGCACGAUAAGAAGCGCGACGAGGCCAAUUAAUUAAUUUGCACGAGAUCCCCUCCCCCCCUGAGCAAGACAAUCUACACUCCAACUCGCGUGCGCGCGCGUCUGGUAGAAUGUGAAUUAAAAGGGAUAUCGAGAGGAGAGAACGCGGUCGCGGCCGUAAAUCUCGCGCCCGAUCAAAGUGACAGCGGAAGCCAACACUGUUAUCGCGGGUAAUUGUGCCAAUAAUCACGCGGUCAUAAUUCAACGCCGCGAGACAGCCCAACACAGGUGUCACCGGCAAUCGUGCGACCGACCAGUCGAUCAAACGAACGAUCGAUCACGUGUUAAAAAUCCGCGCGCGAACCGCAUCGCGGAAUUCGACACGUCGCCAGGAACACUUUUUCACGUCUCUCUCUCUCUCUCUCUCUCUCUCUCUUUUUUCUCACGGGGACACGAUAGGUCGCCGAUAGGACUUAAAAAGUCAACGAUGGCCGAUCCGUGCUAAAUGUCACGCGCGGAAUCACGAAUCUCGUCCAAGUGUCGCGAAGUCGCUCUCGAGUGCCGAGUGAACUGCUAAUGAGCGAUCGUUAAUCACACGCAUACCGCACGCAAGUGGAACAUGAUGGGAGAGGUGAUUCGUGUUUCCGGCAGGGCGGCGGACGUCGGGGACUUCCUCAAGGAGGCCAUGCUGUCGCAGCGAUUCGCCGACGUGGCCCUAUGCUGCCCUGGAGGUCAAAGGUUCCUCGCGCAUCGCCUGGUCCUGUCCGCCGCGAGUCCUUACUUACAGGAGGUAUUGCUGGCACACAGCAAGUCUGCCGCUCACUGCGAACCCAUCACGGUGAUCUUGGCGGAGGUAGAGGCACCGGAACUCGCAGCACUCCUCGGCUUCGUAUACACUGGGAGCGCGACGGUGCCGAGAGUUCGGCUGGACGCAUUUCUACGCGCUGCCGAGGCCCUACGCAUUCAGCUGCCGCCGGUGCCAGUCGUGAUGACGUGCGGAGACCAGACGGACUGCAAGCUGGAGGACGUCAAGGAUGUCAAGGUCAGCCCCAAGUACCUGCAGUGCGAUCAGUAUCCGUCAUCCGACAGGUGGUACCGCUCGGCGAGGCCGUCACCUUACGAAGAGCCGUCACCUUACGAAGAGCGGAAAGAGUCCUGCGCCGGGAUAUUCCCGCCGAAUGACACCAGGGAUAUUCCCAGCAGGACGUUUCACGAACUCGACAAUCCCGUGAGGUCCGCGUUCGCGGCUACCUGCACGAACGCGUGGCCGCUCGGUGGCUUCAUGCACCAAGACCGAGCGAUGGUGGAUCCUGCGGCGGAUAAGGAACACGUCUCGACAACGGGUAGAUCGGCGCACGAGCUCCCCGACAAGAACCACGCGAUGGUUCCCGCCGGUGAGCCGUCUUUCAAUGUGUACCAGUCGAGCACGUGCCUCCCGCCGGGCGCACCUGUCACGGAGGGAUACGGCGCGUUGGAUCCACUGGAGAGGAUCAGGACGGGGUACGAGAGGGUGCAGGUGAAUUGCGCCACCGGCAAACUGGGGGACGAGGACGCGAGCGCGGCUGCCUCGGGCGAGUUUUGCGGAAGAACGCGUGACGAUUGCACUCGCGAGUGCCCCUACCCGGGCAGGAUGCAGUCGUCGUCCUUGCCAUGCGCCGGUCGGACGAGGUCGUACGAGAGGUCCGAUUACGGUCAGGCGGGCGAGGAUCUCAGCUGCGGCGAAAGUUGUUGUAGGUGGAGGACUGCCCGCAGGCACGUGGCCAACCGCGUCACCGCGUCGCCGUGGCGCCAGAUCGUCAGGCCUCAUCAUUCACCGCGAACAAGGCCCGCCGUCAUGCCCGCUGAACGUCAGGUCGACGAGAUGGAGAUCCAGGGGAAACCGCUGACGCCGGAACCGGUACGGUCAUCGAUAAUAUCGAUGAGCCCGAGGCUUCACUCCCCCAGAAGCGCGCCGAGGAGCGACGGGCUUUACGCUUUCGAAGUUCCUAACAACUGCGAGAUGAGCUUUAACGGCGACGCGAGGCCGCGCGAGAUGAUCGGCGGCCCGGAGGCGGCGAGGGUCCAGGAGAUCUACAGGUCUCCGCUUCCGUUCGCGCCCUCCGGUCAGCUCGUGCCGCUCGCGAACGCGCUGAGGAGCAACGAGCCGCCGCCGCCACCACCCUUUCAGAACACGAACGGUAACACGCGACCGUUAUCCACCGGCAACGACAGCGUCAUCACGAACGCCGGCAAGAGCGGAUACGCGACCUCCCAGCCGACCCCGCAGCAGACACCAACGAAGCCUGAAUUGUCGCAUCCGAUCAGCCGACUAUGCGACACGAUCGAUUCUGACGACAAGAGAGAGAUCUCGCUGACGGACACGGCGAGCGCGGAGAAGAACGACGACGAGCGGAUCGCGAGGAUCUUCGUCAACAGCGACAACAACAAUAACACCGAGGCGAUCGUCAGCACGGAAGUGCCUGCGCGCGGACGACCCGCGGACGAUCACAGGUGCGACCAAUGCGGCAAGACCUUCGUCACGAGGGCGUCGCUCAAGGUGCACAGCCGUACGCACUCCGGAGAGAAGCCGUUCCGCUGCGCCGACUGCGGCAAGCAGUUCUCGCAGCUGCGCAACUACAAGUACCACCGCAGCGUGCACGAGGGCACACGGGAGUUCGCGGCUACCUGUCCGGAAUGCGGCAAGUACUUCAACGAUCGCGGCUACCUGAGCUCGCAUAUGAAGAUCCACCGGAACCGCAAGGAGUACGGCUGCGCGGAAUGCGGCAAGAGCUUCAACCAGCGGGUCGCCUACAACAUGCACGUGCGCAUACAUACCGGCGUGAAGCCGCACCAGUGCGAGCAGUGCGGCAAGGCGUUCUCGCGGAAGAUGCUGCUGAAGCAGCAUCUGCGGACGCACUCCGGCGAGCGGCCGUAUCAAUGCCAGGUCUGCCAGAAGGCGUUCGCCGACCGCUCCAACAUGACCCUCCACACCAGGCUACACUCCGGUCUCAAACCGUACCAGUGCACCCUGUGCUCCAAAGCCUUCACCAAGAAGCACCACCUCAAGACCCAUCUCAACUAUCACACCGGCACCAAGCCGUACUCCUGCCCCAACUGCGGCCUCAGGUUCUCCCAGAGUAGCAACAUGCGGACGCACUUCAAGAAGUGCAGCGUCAACAACCCCGCCGGCGCGACGAAGGCCCACGACGACACCGGCGAUCGGAUCGACGCGGACGGCAACGCGGUGAUGACCAGCCAAGUGGCCGGCAGUCCGGCCGACACCUUGACGCCGCCCAAUUCCGACCAGGAGUCCAGCAUCCUCACGCCGAUCUCGAAGAACGUCGUCGCGAUAGAGAGCAACGCGUAGCGCGGUUCUUGCCGCUCGACUCGCGAAUCGCGGCUCAAUGGUGCGCGAAGUCGAAGGCGCGAUGAAGUGAAGUGAGCAUGUCAUUAUGCGAACGAGUCGUUACGCGGAUCGUUACGAAGUGUUCGGCGAAAGCGGUAAUCAAGGCGUGUUUGACGGGGGAGAACCGAAUGUUUCCCAGGCACAACUCUGCUCGUCGAGGAUAGAUCAAGCGGAAACAGGCAGCGGAUUCGAGCGCCUUCGUGAGGUUGAUCAACGCUCCUGGACGAUUGCUAUUGUUUCUCAAACGAACACGAAGGAUAAUCCGCGAAUCGCUCGAUCCAGGUUACACCUGAGUCCUUGAUCAUUUCUCGCGAACAUUUGCGCGUCACCGUGUACGACAAUGAAAGAUUUCACCGUGCGAUCUGUAGGAUGCGCCGAAUUAUUCGCACCUCUGUGCCUAAAUUGCUCUUUAAAUCGCGCGGGCAAUUUGAUUUUUGAGUGAAGAAGUCCCUUCUGCUCAAAGCGGACUCUCCGUGUGGCGCAACAGUCAUCGCGUACAGUGCCUUCCAGUUCCUGUAUUUAUUGAACUAAUCACGAUGUACGUGUACAGAAGCGUGUAUUUUAAUCUCAUCUAACAUUUAACAGCUUCUCCCUUGGAGACUCGCGCGACGCGGCUCGAGCUAUUCGCGCUAUCAUGGAAAAUUCACGUCGCUCCCUUAUUUCGCGUCGAGAACAAUUAGUAGGUCCCCUUCCUCAAGAGCGCGGCGUAUGAUUGCGACACGGCAAGGUCCAAUUGCUGGUUGCAACACGUCAAUUGCAAAUGCAAUUGAAAAGCCUGCAGCCGUUUGCAGGAAGUAUCUCUCGUAUUCGAAAGUAGCCGCGGAGACUUCGGCGAACAACCGAGCUUCCAUAUCAGCGCAAACAGUGCCUCGUAACGGCCUUUACCAGGAAACGUCCCUAUAGCAGCAUUUAAGGACCUGUUCCUAAAGCAACUUUGUUAGCAAGCAGAACGUUCUUUUCUUUUUUUUUUUUUCGAUCAGGGCAGCUAGAGAUUGCGAGACAACGUGAUGUUGCAUUAAACAUUGCGCAAAUAUAGCGAUCACCAGAGCUUAUAAACGUGAGGUGUGAGUAACAGUCCAAUUCGAUCGCAGAACCGAAGUUCUACUUAAGGAAUGAGAAAAUUGCAGGAUUAUAGCGGACGGAGGAAUCCCGAAGAAAUCCGAGAAGCCCGAAAUCGGAGAGAGAAAUACAAGCCAGAAAUACAACGACUAUGGGUAAGACGAUCGUAUAUUUCGACUAAACAUUAGAAAUAUUUUACGAGAAAAUGCGCGUCUCUUUCUAAUUUGUUAAAUACGUUCGAAAUAAUAUGUUAAGCUGCGAAUUACGAAAUUAGGGAAGUCAAGAAUCAAAAUCAAUAUGAAAUUAUCCGCGGGAGAAGAAUAACUCCAGCGGUGAGAGACACGUUCCGGUAAUUUAAGAUGCAUGCAAAUCCACUCGCGUCGCUAUAAAUGGAAUUAGCAAUUAAAUACAUGUGCGAUAUGGGCGGAGAGAUGUGUUCGAAACACCGGCACUAUGUACAUACUCGACGCGGUAAUAUAUUUAAUUAGCAAACUCUCGGCGCAUGUUAAAUAGGAGAUACAUUUAAUAUAGCAUGUAUCGACUAUAUGUGUAAAUUGAGAUAAUGAAUAAAAUAAAGUGCAAACAAA